AUGAAAUAAUAAUAUAGUGUCAUAUUACCAAUUAAUGCUGAAGUAAACUUUUUGGGCAUCCUAUUUAGAGUUUCUAAAAGGGAAGCAAAUUUGUAGACUAUUUGAUUGACUUCGAUCUGAGUAAGCAAAAUUAGCAAAAGGUUGAAUUGGUCUCGUAAGUAUGAACUCGGUAUAAUUAGUCACCCGUUGUCAAAAUGUACAUCCUCUCCAAUUAUUUGCCAGAGUUUAUGGUGCAAUUGACAAAUUAGAAGUAGAUUCAAAUACAGGAGCGCAAGACCUCAUUUGAAAAUUGUGAAUAGAGAAUAUUUAAUGUUGUUCAAUUUUCAGGAAUUGAGGUUGCCAUAAUUGCUAAAGUAAGUCCGAGUCCAAAUAGAGCUGCUUAAGUGAUUGAUGUGGUUGCAGAAGAAUUGGAUUACUUUAAGGGAUAUGAAAAAGAUGUCGAGAGAAAAUUGCGAGACAACUUUGGCAUUUUGGAGAAGAGCAAUUGGUAACGAUUCUGUCCCAAUAUUGUUGCGAUUAAUUUGAAUGUUGAAAUCAAUAUCUAUCAAUAUGGUGACGAGUCAAAUGUAAUUGCAUAAUUCUUAACAGAAAUAACAAGAAAAUACAUAUUGUAUUUCUACAAGUCUAUGCUACUCACCUACAAUGUUUGGUAAAGCAUGAACGACUCUGAAUUGUUUAAAAUGAAUAAAUCAGUUCUAUUGCAAUAAUAAGAAGUCAAAUUGAAUCUGUAUCAAUAAAUAACUUCUCUCAAAGAUUUGUAAAAGACCUCAUUUAAAGAGUAAUUUAUUAUCAUCAACACCUAGAUUAAAGAAGAAAUACUUUAAACACUAUUCUAAUCUAUCUUAAUCCACUUUUUCCACUCCUGCCAAACAAUCUUAAAUCAGUCUCACAAGUUCCUAAACUCCCACCAGACCUCCUCAAUUGUAGAGAAAAAAAGCAGGAAUGAUCUUGAAAAGAGGAGAUGGACCCUUAGACUACAAUUGGAAUCAAAGGUAUCUGGUCUUGGAUGGAUAAACACUGAUAUAUUUCAAAGAUAGAAAUGACAAGGUACCAAGAGGUGCCAUAAAUCUAAGGGAAGCCUAUAUAUCCCCUAUGUCAACUUUGGAUGACAGAGAACAUUGCUUUUAUAUUGAAGUGGAAGCUUAGAAUAAUAAGCAAUUCUACUUCAGUGGUGAAACUUUGGAUGAAACUGAAUAAUGGCGCGAUUAGAUCUCCAAUGCCACAACGGCAGUCGUGUAAACAGAAAAAAGACCUUCUUUUGUUGUUACAAAUACUUAUUUAUUGACUGACACUCUCCCUUCAGAAUUAUCCAAAUAUAAAAUAUUGACUAUGCUUGAUGAUCUAUAAUAACAAUGGUAAUUUCGCAAGUUUAGAAAUGGAGUCAAAAUAUACGAACAUCCAAUCUCGAAUAAAAAUACUAAGAAUUGGAAACUUUAUACUAUUCUAUCACUUGCUUUCUGCAUUGGUGUCUAUUUAAAACCUAAUUGGAUACCAUUUUUUAUGGCUUUUUUGGUUGCUUUCUUAUCUGCCUUUUACUUUAAAAGUUAAAAAGCUUAGAGCAUACGUGUUUAUGGCAGGAUGGUUUGUGAUGUGGAUUCAGCAAAGGCAUUUAGAAUUAUUAAGAAUUUUAAGUUUAAAAAGGUUCUGGAUAACAAUUUUGUUUAAAUUAAUAAAAUACAUGAUAAUAACGAAGCAGAAUUUACUGUAAGUUUCUUAAUUUAAAUUAGAAAAGAGCUAAGGUGCAUUUUAUAAUACAUCCCAUACGAUAAAAAUAAGUAGUGUCAAAACCAGUCAUAAUCCAAAUGAACUUACUGAGAUAUCGAUUCAUAAUAAACAAUGGCAGUUCAUUCAUUGUUGACAUCCUGACCAGUGAAAACAAUAAGUUCAAUAUGUUUGAAGCAUACGAAAUUCAAAGAAUUCCCAAGGUCUCAGGCAAAGGACUAGUCAAUUAUUACUGCGAGAUCACUUGUUCCAGGAUAACAACUGAAUUGGUAAAUAGUAUCAUUAAUUAAGUUAGGAAAAAUACUUAUACAAUAAAACAGAGAAUUUAAGUUUGAUUUCAUAAACUAUAGAUGAGUAGAGAUUUCAUCAAUUUCAACAGUCAAUCGUAAGCGAGUUGUCCUCGGCUUACAUUAGACAGAAAUCAAAGUCUAUUGUAGGCUUUGACGAAUAAAUAAGUUCUAUCACAUAGUUGAAGAAUGGUUAGCAAAUAACAAGUAGGAGAUUGGAAGAAAGAGUCCCAGGAUAUAGAAGAUUUAAGGAGGGAGGGAUUGAAUGUUUCAACAAGGAAGAAAUUAAGGCAUAAGAUGGAUUGGUAUUAGAUUUAAUGAGAUCGGCAGGUAGAUAACUAUUUGAAGGUCGAAAUAUCAUCUCAUUCUCACUUCCUGUUCGUAUUUUUGAACCUAGAUCUAUGAUUGAAAGGAUAUGCGAAUACUGGGGGUUUAUGCCUAUCUACAUGGAGUAUGCUUUAGGAUAGCAGGACGAGAAAGAGAGGUUUAAGCUUGUUGUCACAAUGAUUAUAGCUGGACUAUACAAUGGUGGCAGACAAAAGAAACCAUUUAACCCUAUUUUAGGUGAAACUUUCUAAGGUUAAUGGUAAGAUGGAUCAUCAAUAUCAAUUGAACAUACUAGUCAUCAUCCUCCCAUUUCACAUUUUUACAUAGAACAUUUUAGGAAGAAAUAUAGAUUUUAUGGUCACUUUGAAUAUUAGGCUGCGUUAAGAUAUAAUGCAGUCAUUGGACAUUAGGUUGGGGAGAAUGUUGUUGAAUUUAGUGAUGGUCAAAGAAUUACAUUUAGUAUGCCACCAGUUAAAGUCAGUGGUUUAAUUUAUGGUGCUAGAUUGUUGGAAUGGUAUGGAAGUAUCAAGUUCGUUGAUUAGAAGAAUAACAUAGUUUGUGAUAUUAAAUUUUCUGAGGGAGCAGGUAUGUUUAUUGGAAGAAGUUCAAAACCAACUGAUUACUUUGAGUAUUCUAUUUAUAUAUACAUUUUAGGGGAACUUUGUUUUAGCAUAAUAGAGUAAUAUCUAAAGUCGAAGGCUCUUGGCUGGAAUCAAUUAGUUGGGAUGGAAUCAAAUAUUGGGAUUUGGAAAAGAUAGAUCCAGCCUAUGUCAGUAAAAUUGAAUCUCCCUUGCCUAGUGAUUGCAGAUUCAGAACAGAUCUUAUUGAACUAUAAAAUAAUAAUUUAGAUGCAGCAUAAGAGUAUAAGCAUUAAAACUAAACUCUAGGGAAAAGACUAGACUUGAAAUCAUUUAGAGAAGAGACAGAAAACUAAGGCAAGAUCAUAAAAGCAGCAAAUCAAAAUGA